AGGUCAAGACACGGUAAGUUGAAUCCUUUUUUGCCACCAGUGAACUUAGCUGGAAUCAUUUCACUGCAGUUCGGGAUGAUACAGUUCUAACGUAACCUCUAAACGUGAACAUUCACCAUGAAGACUAUACACGGUGUGUUGGCAAGCUCUCUUUUCCUGGCGGUUCAUGCCUUCUAUUCGUCCAGUGACGACGUGGUGGAGUUAAACCCGUCUAACUUCAAUAAAGUUCUUCAGAGUGACAGCCUCUGGCUUAUUGAGUUUUAUGCCCCCUGGUGUGGUCACUGUCAAAGCCUCACUCCAGAUUGGAAGAAAGCUGCCACAGCCCUAAAGGGUGUUGUUAAGGUGGGGGCUGUUGAUGCUGACCAGCAUCAGUCAUUGGCCAGCCAGUAUGGCAUCCAGGGUUUCCCCACAAUCAAGAUCUUUGGAGCCAAUAAGAACAAGCCAGAAGACUUCCAAGGUGGCCGUACUAGUCAGGCCAUAGUGGAAGGAGCCCUCACGGCCUUGCGCUCAGUGGUUAAGGAUCGACUGAGUGGGAAAUCGGGAAGCUCAGGUCAAAGCAAGCAGGGUGGGGGUGGCAGUGGUGGUGGAGGUGGUGGAGGCAAAAAAGAUGUGGUGGAGCUGACUGAAGACAACUUUGACCGGCUGGUGCUAAACGGAGAAGAGUCCUGGCUGGUGGAGUUCUUUGCUCCUUGGUGUGGUCACUGCAAGAGACUGGAGCCAGAAUGGGCAGCAGCUGCUACAGAGGUCAGAGAGCAGACAAAGGGCAAAGUGAGGCUGGGAGCUGUGGAUGCCACUGUGCAUCAAGGCCUGGGCAGUCGUUAUGCGGUUCGCGGGUACCCGACCAUAAAGGUCUUCGCGAAAGGAGAGCAGCCCGUUGAUUAUGAGGGAGGACGCACGCGGUCAGACAUCGUCACUCAUGCCUUGGCCCUGUUCUCUGCCAAUGCUCCCCCUCCAGAACUGCUAGAGAUUCUUAACGAGGGCGUCCUGAAGAAAACCUGCGAUGACUAUCAGCUGUGCAUCAUCGCUGUGCUUCCUCACAUCCUGGAUACAGGUGCUGCAGGAAGAAAUGACUACCUGAAGGUGAUGAUGAAGAUGGCUGAGAAGUACAAGCAAAAGACAUGGGGGUGGUUGUGGACAGAAGCAGGAGCUCAGAUGGAUCUGGAGUCUUCACUUGGCAUUGGUGGCUUUGGCUACCCAGCUAUGACCGCCAUAAAUGCCCGCAAAAUGAAGUUUGCCCUUCUGAAGGGCUCCUUUAGUGAGACCGGCAUCCACGAGUUCCUCAGGGACCUCUCUGUUGGACGCGGCUCCACAGCAACAAUUGGAGGAACAGCUCUACCAAAGAUCCACGCAGUAGAGCCCUGGGAUGGCAAAGAUGGAGUGCUUCCAGAGGAGGAUGACUAUGACCUGAGUGAUGUGGACCUUGAUGACAUUGGGAGGGAUGAGCUAUGAGUUCCAGGUGUGGUGGCCCACUGCACACCUCGCCUCAACCCAUUCUCCUCUCCUAUGGAAGAGGAGCACGAUGACAUUCCUCAAACACUAGAUGAGGGAUAUACCAUACACUAUUGACACAGUGUAAGAGUGUGGGGGUCUGUUCUAUACAUCAUAUGAGCCCUGGUGAAAUCACCAGGCAUCACCUGGGAACCUAAGGGUAUAUGGGGGACCACAAUUUUGGGUAGCUUUUCAGAGAAACACUGAUGCCUUAAUUCCAUAAGACAUGCUUAUGAUUGCCCCUAUUUAUUGGUAGUCUAUACCUAGCAGACACAAACGGAAUGUUUUCGAUACAGAAUAUGUGUUUCAGGCUGUUUCUUAUUGUGCAAAAAAUUAAAGUUUGUUUUAUGCUUUUUAAAA